AUGAGUUCACAUUUUCCUCCUGUUUUAUGUAUUGCUGAAGCAGUGAAGUCGACUCAUAGCCGUGGUAUUACCAGUUUUGCAGGAUAUUUUUUAACUAUCGAGUCGGAUCUAGCGGCGUCGUCUUACUUCCCAUCUCCGAGACAAAAUGGAUAUCAGUUAUCAACUUAUCAUUUAUUUAAUAAGCAGCACUUAUCUGCAAUUCCACAGCACAAAUUAAAUUUGUGGGCAUUGUUUCAUGAACUGACUAGUUUGAAACACGCCAUGAUACCUGUGACAAAUAUGGGUGAUGUUGGCGUAUUCUCUACAUUGAGAUUAGGCUUUGCAUUCAAGUCACAAUCUCGUCUUUUGAUGAAUAAAAACAUACAAAAACCUAAUAGACUUAAACAAUCUUUCGGUGGCUCCUUUAAGGUCCUUAUGAACAAAGGAUUGUUGUUUGCAAGUAGUCCCUACAAAGGCACUUGUUUGGAAAUAUUCUCUCAAACUGAGAGUUCUGCAUUGACGAAAGAGAAAUCAGGAAGUACUGAGAGCCUUGUUUUGGCAGAAAGUAAAGUUAAAAGUACAUUGUUCCCACUAUAUGCAUAUUAG